GCAGAUUACAGUGUGACUGCACACUCCAAGCUGGUCAUUGUCACUGCUGGUGCCCGUCAGCAAGAAGGAGAGAGCCGCCUUAACUUGGUCCAGCGCAACGUGAAUAUCUUCAAAUUCAUCAUUCCCAAUGUUGUUAAAUACAGUCCUGACUGCAAGCUGCUUAUUGUCUCAAACCCAGUGGAUAUUUUGACCUACGUGGCCUGGAAGAUCAGUGGCUUUCCUAAACACCGUGUUAUUGGUAGUGGCUGCAAUCUGGACUCUGCCCGUUUCCGCCACCUGAUGGGAGAAAGACUGGGUGUCCAUCCUCUGAGCUGCCACGGAUGGAUUGUUGGAGAGCAUGGAGAUUCCAGUG